AUGGGUCUGUUCAAUCGCAAGAAGGGUGGUGACGAUGAGGGCGCCAAGAAGGAGAAGGGUAGUUGGCGGAGACCGGCAAAUACCGCCUUCAAGCAGCAACGACUGAAGGCUUGGCAGCCUAUUUUGACCCCCCGCACGGUUCUCCCGACACUCUUCAUUAUCGGGAUCCUCUUCGCACCUAUCGGUGCGCUCCUGAUCUGGGGUAGUGGCCUCAUAACAGAAAUCGAUUUGGACUACACCGAUUGCGAGCUCCUGACAUCCCAAAACGCCUCUAAUACCUCCACCUCCCUCACCUUCACCGACAUCCCCUCGUCCAAGUACUCCUACAAGCUCCGUGCAUCAGACUCCGGCGCACCUAUCUCCACACCCCAGUACGCUUUCCUCGAUCAGAGCGGCGCUAGCGGCGUCUCGAACGUCUCUGCACGUCAAUGCGUCUUGCAGUUUGAUGUGCCCGCGGACAUUCAGACUCCCGUGCUGCUCUACUACAAGCUCAGCAACUUCUACCAGAACCACCGUCGGUAUGUCAAGAGUCUCAACUCAAACCAGCUCCGUGGCGACCAUGUCAGCUACGGCACAAUCAAGGGCGGUGAUUGCAAGCCUUUGGACGUGUCGAACGGGAAGAUCGUGUAUCCAUGUGGGCUCAUUGCGAACUCAGUAUUCAAUGACACGUUCUCGAACUUGACGUUGACCUCGGACACUUCAACGACCUUCACUUGGUCUGAGAAGGGUAUCGCCUGGCCAGGCGAGUCGAAGAAGUAUGCGACCUCUCCCAACUAUCAACUCUCGGAGAUCGUUCCGCCGCCCAAUUGGGCCCAGCGCUACCCCCAAGGCUACACGGAGGACAACCCUCCGCCGGACUUGAAGAACGACGAGCACUUCCAGAACUGGAUGCGCACGGCCGGUCUCCCCACCUUCACGAAACUUUGGGGCCGGAAUGACAACGAGAAGCUCCCCAAGGGUCGUUACCAGAUCGCUGUCAACCUCAACUAUCCUGUGCGUCCCUACAAAGGUACGAAGUCAAUCGUGAUCUCGACAGUAUCUUGGAUCGGUGGCAAAAACCCCUUCCUCGGCUGGGCUUACGUUGCCGCCGCCUCUCUCCUCGUUCUUCUUGGUGUCCUCGGUACCAUCCGGCAUCUUGUCAAGCCGAGGAAACUGGGUGACAUGUCCUUGCUGUCGUUCAACCGGUGA